AGCGGCGGCAAUAUGACAGGCGCAUUGAAGAGCUGGAGGCACAGCGUGAUGAGUACAAAAGAGAGCGAGACGACCGCACGAGGGAGCGGGACGCAUGCCGGAGGGAGAGGGAUGAAUGGAAGGAGGCCGCCAGCCACUGGAAGCGCCGAAAUGAUGAGGCAGGAAUUCAUGACUGCAUGUUUGCGCACAGAAAUGUGGCAACAUGUGUGUGUGGGUGUUUGUCUGUAGGCCGAGGCGAAGCUGAAGGCCUUCGAUCAGGAGCCCUCGUUGGCGAGUCUCCAUUGGGAGGGCGGCAUGUACCACGGCAAUGUCCGCAACAAGAUGCCACACGACGAGGGCACUCUGCGCACACUCGACGGCCAGAACUCACUCUACGAAGGCCAAUGGGCGGACGGCAAGAGACACGGCAAAGGCAAGGAAUACGCGACAUGCCAGGUACUUGACCAGCAAGGCGGCCAAAUGGGGACCAAGAUGUGUCUCGUGUACGAGGGCGAUUGGCAAGUCGGCAAGCGAGAGGGACAGGGGCAGGCCUACUACCAGUACGACGGUCCUGUGUUGUGGUUCGAUGGCGAAUGGCGAGAGGGUCUGGCCAACAGCGGCAUGCUUUUCCCUGACGGCACUUACUAUGGAGGGAAGCACGCUGACGGCACCCCUAAGGGCCCCAUCACGCCCAUUCGAUGGCGGGAGGGAGAGGGGGUGCCCAAAAUCGUGCCAGGAGUGCACUUGCAUCAGUGGCUGCAGUGUCGGGGGGUGUCGGCGUAUCUCCCUGCUGCUGCACUCGGGUAG